AGCUUUAUGGGCCAAGCUCAUUGGGGGAAGUUGAGAUGGACGAGUUCGUUGGUGCUACUGGGGGCUUGCGCAUCCCCAAGAAGCCAAGGAAGAAGUCAAAGACUUCAACUGCGGCUGAGAAGGGGGUGACAGAGGGGGGGUUACUGUCCAGCACUUCUGCUCGGGCUGUGGAGGUGCAGCCAAGGCCGGAGCAUACGACGAGAGGAAGUGAGGAUGUAAGUGAGGAGAUGGCCCCUCUCCAGAGGAAGAGGAGGAGGGUGGCAGAGCUAGAAACCCGGGGGGACGAGGUGGUGGAGUUCGUGCCCUGGUCUUCUUCUCCGGAAGUUAAUCCUGAAGAGAGGGAGAGGGGCAAGGUCGAAGUGCGAGGCCUUGGUGGGGGCAGGGAGCGCACCCCUCCGCACGUGUACCAGAAAAGUUUGUUUGAGGCGACAAACAAGACUGGGGCGAAGCACUUCCUCAACGCUACCCUUCCUGAGGUGGAUAGGAUGCGGGCGAAGGACGAGGUGGUUAGCCAUGCAGGGUAUACCAUUGUGAGGCAUGCCCUGGAGAGUGCGAGCUGGACAAACGCUCUAACGCAGGAGUAUGCAGAGAGCGUUAGAGACCGUGCCAGCUUGCAAAGGCAGUGUGACCAGCUCCAGAGGGAGAAGGAUGAGCUGCAGAAGGGGAAGGUGGAAUGGGAGAAGCAGAAGAAGGAGAUGCAGAGGAGGCUAGAUGAAGUUCUCCCUUCAGUGACCGAGCUCCAUAACAAAAAUGAUGUCCUGAGCACGAAGCUCGGCCUCGAAGAACGUAAAAGGAAGAUCUGCAAGGAGAAGCUCGAGGCUCAGGACAAAUAUAUGGACAAGAUGAGGAGCGCAACCGCGGAGCUGAAGAAGAACGUGAAGCUGUUGGUUCACAACGGGAUGGAGGAGCACAUUGGCAACUUCCUCAACUCCAGCACUUUCGAGGACAUCCUCAAACUCUACCGGCUGCCAACCGCGAUCGUGGCCUUCACUGACUAUCACGCUGAGGUGGGAGCGUGAUGCAGAGGGGCGCACCAUCUUUCCCCCAG